UUGUCUAUAAAAGUAGAAUAAUUACAUAAAACUGAAACUUCCCCUUCAGGAAUAAACAUUAUUAUACACACGGACAGAUAUACUCCUCCAUGUCAUUGUGUCGCUUUGAAUAAUUCAUGUGUAUUGUCUUUUGACUGUUACACGGAAGGAGAGCAUGGGAGGGAUCAAACAAGAGCAGGGGGAUUCUUCCCAGCAGCCCAAACCUUCACACUCAGCAGAUCCACCACAAGAGGAGCCAAAAAAGAGAGGCUGGCCUAAAGGAAAGAAACGAAAGAAGGUGCUUCCAAAUGGUCCCAAAGCACCGGUCACUGGAUAUGUGAGAUUCCUGAAUGAACGGCGAGAACGUAUGCGAGCCCAAUACCCAGAGUUACCUUUCCCAGAAAUCACCAAGAGGCUGGGAGCAGAGUGGACUCGACUGGCCCUGAAUGACAAACAGCGCUACCUGGACGAGGCAGAGCGGGAGAAGAUGCAGUAUGCUCAGGAACUAAAGGAAUACCAGCAGACUGAGGCCUAUCAGAUCACAAGUGCUAAAAUACAAGACAAGAGGAUCAAGAAAGAAGACUCUCAAUCUGUAAUCAUCAGAACAGGUUCAGAAUCAGCUGUUUCAAAGGUUACUGACCUCUCAAGAUUUGACAUACCAAUCUUCACAGAGGAGUUUCUGGACCAGAACAAAGCUCGAGAAGCGGAGCUGCGAAGGCUUCGAAAGGCCAACAUUGAGUUUGAGGAGCAGAAUGCAGUGCUUCAGCGACACAUUAAGGACAUGUACAAUGCUAAAGAGCGCCUGGAAGCUGAACUCGGGCUGGAUGAAAAACGGACUCAGGCCCUUCAUCAACACUUGUUGACCAUUAAACACACAUUGGUCAACAGUCUGUCUUCAAUCCCCCUGCCAGGUACAGGUGAGACAGCUUCUCUCGGGAACUUGGACACAUACCUGAGUCGUCUCAAUGGAGCACUGGAGGGAAACCCUCAUAAGCAUCGUGCCCUGCUCGGCCAGCUUUGUGAAGUCCUCUCUCAUCUGGACAGUGAGAAGUUAUGAGGAGGCUUCAGCUGGAGAACCUUUCAUUCCUGCAUCAGAAGGGCACAUGGCAUGCUGGGUUGUAUUACGCCAAAAUGUUGCCUUUAGAUUCUCUGGAUAUCUCAAGGAAAGUAAAGGCAAGGGAAGACAUUCAUAACACGACACAGUCUAUAUCUACAUGCCUCUUUUAAUGAAUAGGUGUAUUCAGGGGAAUGUGUGCAUUCAUGCUCAUGAGUUUUUGUCAAUGUAAAUCUUUGUGGGGGUGUUAAGGGUUGUUAGAGUACAGGUAUUUCUAUCUUCUGAACUGCCUUAAUUAAGUAACUUUGGAUUGAUAACUCUAUUAUGUUUUAUGAGGUGUUAGUCUACAGGCUGGUUACCAGUCCAACAAGACAAACCUAAUUGUUUUACAAUAAAUGCCAGUUGGCAUGUGAGGGUGGGUUAUGUGUAAGCUGUGUUAUGAAAAUAAACAAAAAAGGAAACGGUGAAAAUAAAAUGUUAGGAAUAAAUGUUACAUGAAAAAGCAGCUUCAAAUGGUAUCAGAAUAGAAAAUAUUGGUCAACUAUGUUUGCAAUUCUUGAAAUGUUCAUUAAACCUGACUGAAAUGAAUCCAA